AUGGCGUUCUCUUCUUUGCUCAGAUCUACCAACGGAGCUGCUCUGAUCGAAGCGUCUAGACCUGAAAUCUUUGCACCUCUUGCUUCCUCCAAUCCUCCUCCUAAGGUCUUCUUCACUUUCUCUCUAUCUCUAGCUAAGCUCUCCCGUUUUGGUCGGAUUGGAAGAUUGGUUUUACGAGUAGCAAUAUUCAGGGAUGAUAUUGACGUGGUGGCAGUGAAUGAUCCUUUUAUUGAUGCUAAAUACAUGACCUACAUGUUUAAAUAUGACUCUACUCAUGGAUUAUUCAAAGGAAGCAUUAAGGUUGUAGAUGAUUCAACCUUAGAAAUCAAUGGGAAGCAGAUUAAGGUUGUGAGUAAAAGAGGAGAUCAGAUGGGCAUAUAUAUUUAUAUGUGGUCUAUGCUUUAUUGUACAGGCACAACAACCACAACAGCAAAUUGUGUCACAGAUUCAGUCACAGCCGCAGAUGCAGCAACAGUUGGGUUUGCAACAAUAGCCAAAUCCACUACAACGUGA